AUGUCGUGCUGUGCCAAUAUCGCUUUGGACCCCGACAUACUGUCAACUCCUGCGGAUUUAUCCAACCUACAACAAAGCAGUUCAGCAGGGAUCAAUCUUCCUCCGGUUGACUUCUUCCUCUCAGAAGCUCUGCGAUCAAGAAGAUACCACAAUGUCGCCGAUACGCAGUCACUUGCACAAGUCCAAACCUCAUUCUUCCUCUACUGCAUCUACUUCUGCCUCAACAACGACAACGCAGCAUGGUUUUACAUCCGUGAGGCCAUGACCAUUCUGCAAACGCUACGAUAUCAUGAAGAAGCAAGAUACAACGAAAUCGCCGACGCUUCCACCAAAAAAUACGCACGGCGCAUCUUUUGGGUGCUGUUCAUCACAGAGAGAGCCUAUGCAAUGCAACGGCAUCGGCCAUUGACGCUGCAGCCUAUGCUGGAUCUUCCCCAGAUCGACCCGCUCAGCCCCGAUGCCAAAAUUCUGCCCGGCUUCCUGGAGCUCAUUUCCCUAUUCCGGCCUUUUGACACGGAUUUCAUCGCCACAUGGAACUCAUCUACACCAUCGUCGACAUCAAAAUCGGCAGAGCCUGAACAGCUGGCGCGGCUACAAAACACUCUAUCAAAUGCACUCGCGAACGUAUCCAACUUUUCUCCGAUGCAGCAGGCUGAUCUUCUCAUCACCCGGGAAUGGCUGAAAGUCAUUGUGUGGAAGCUCUGUGUGUCGAGGACACUGCUAUCGGGGACCGACAGUGAGGACAGCAUGUCGCUCAGCUAUCCGACUACCAUCGCACGAGAUACCGUGCUCGUCUCCAGGCUCUUGCCCACCACAGCGUUUGAAGCCAAUGGUGUCGGCAUCUUGGAAAAGGUGUUUGAUGUCGGAUGUUCAUUGGCAGAUCUUUUAUCUUUGAACCCACCCACAAUUAUCACGUCAGUCAUGGAUGUUGGGCCCAUUGAUAUCUUAAUGGAGACGGUGAGGAUAGCAGGGCAGAAGUUUGGAGAUGGCUACAAGCACCUGGAUAUCUUGGUCGAUAAAGCGAACUUUUGCCUUUUGAUGAAUCAGCAGCACUGCGAGUACCACGACGGCAACAUCCAGCUCCAGCAGUUCUACCGCAUCAUCAUCAUCACCCUCAAGCUCUACCCACUCUUCCUCCACCUAUUCGUCAUCAUCGUCCUCCCCUUCAUCGACGUCAGCUUUGGCGUCCUCGACGAGUUCGAGCACCCCUUCGGCAAGCAGUUCCGCCCAGCCAUCGUCCAGCAAUACCCCAUCGAGAUCAGCUACUACCUCCGCCCCGUCACAAACUAG